AUGGCAUCUCAAAUCAGCAUCAUUCAGUGCACUGACGACGACUUGCCUUCCGCCAUGGCCGCUAUCUCGAAUGGCUUUGGUCACGACGCGCCCUUUUUCGACUGCUACUUUCCGGCCCACGAUACUUCCGCUGGUCAGGAAUCGGGGCUAAAACGACUUCAGUUCUGGAAGGAAAACUCACCAAAUUCAACUUUCCUCAAAGCAACAACGGAGGCUGGGAAGCUCAUCGGGUUUGGUGUCUGGACAUUCAUGACGGAGCCGGUCUCCGAUAAGUUGGAUGAGGUCGAGGCAGAUGUGGGCGAGACGUGGCCUGACAAAGACGAUGCAGACCAUAUGAGGGAGCUGUGGCAGCAAUACGUCCCUUACCGAAAUGGUGCGAUUGGGGAUUCGAAGGUCCUCGAGAUGCUGGCAGUUGAUCGCGAUCAUCAAAGGCAGGGUGCCGGCCUGCAGUUGACUGAAUGGGGAACGAGAAAGGCUGAAGAGAUGGAGAUCGAGGCUGUGGUCGAAGCGACACCCAUCGGGGUCAAGACAUAUCACAAAGCCGGCAUGAAGACGGUCGUGGAGGAGACGGACAUGGAUUUGAGUCCAAGAUUCGCAGACCGAAGGCAAGUGAAGCUGAUCUUUCUGCGAAAAGGCGGUACUUCUGGUUGA